AAGAACUUAACAUAACCACUUCUACGCCCAGGGCCCGCCGUAAUAGCCCGUUCCCCAAUUUUUCUUUAUUUUAAUUUUAUUCUUUUGAAAUUGCCAACGACCAAAGACAGUAAUUCGCCAAGAUGGAUUUGCUCGUUUCCCCUUCUGCAGAGGCAUUGGCCCGCUUGUUGGCGCCGGUGACGUUUCUGUUUUGCUGUGUGCCUGUACUCUGGAUGGUUGUUGUGAAACCUCGUGUCAAGUCGACGACAUCGUUCCUGUCGGAAGUGAAAGGCCGUCUCAAGACAAGAUGGGACCUGUUCACUUAUCCCAUUACCGCCAAUGGAAGGAUCAGAGCUGCAUAUGCUCAGAUGAAUGGAAAGGCUCUUCGGAUGCACUCACCCGAGAGCUGGAUGACGCUGGUCUCCUCCCCUGAGCUCAUCAAGGAUAUCAAAACGGCCACCAAUGAUCAACUGUCUCUUCAUGCCGCCGCCAAAGAGAUCCUCAAGCCAGGGUAUACUAUGAAUGGCUUCAACUGGCAUGACCAAAGAGGCAUUGAAGGCAUCGGAUUCGUUAGGACCCUGCGCACCCUGUUGACGAACCACCUGCCACAACUGACGCCGGGCGUCCGUGGCAUUAUCGACAGGACUUUUGCCCAAGAAGUCGGAUCAGGCGGAACUGUCAAUGUAUUAACCCUCAGUAAGAAGGUCGUCACCAAGAUCAGUGCCUACUCCUUCUUCGGCCUGGACUACGCGGAAAACAACGAGUUUAUCGAUGCCGCAUACUACUACAACGAAGAUGUGUUGUACGGGUCCGAGUUGCUCCGACUCGUGCCCGGCUUCCUUGUGCCGGUUGUCGGGGCCUUUAUUCCCAUGUUUCUGAAGCGACAGCGCACCUUUUUCUAUGGGCUUGUCGAUAUCAUCGAGGGCCGAAUGAACAACCCUGAUCCGACAGUGAAAUAUAACGAUGUGAUUCAGUGGAUUAUCGACACGUCGCCCAAGUCCAACCCCUGGACACCUCCCAGGAUGGCGUUCGAGGUGAUGGCGAUUUGGUUUGGCUCGGUCCAGGGACUUGCAACGACCUUGACAUUUGCCAUCUACAGCCUUUGCGAGAAUCCGGAGUACAUUGCACCCCUUCGCGAGGAGAUGGAGAGUUCGGCCGGCGGCGAGUUUUUCGUCCAGGGAGAAGGUCUUCCGCUCAUGGAUAGCUUCUUGAAGGAGUGCUCACGAUGGACACCCGUUGAAUCUGUGACCGCCCGCAGAUGUGCCCUGAAAGACUUCAUCUUCUCGGACGGCACCCGUGUGGCAAAAGGCGAGUGGGUUGGGAUCCCCAUAGGGCCUAUGCUACGGGAUGCGUCCAUGUACCCGCAACCUGAUGUCUUUGAUGGUUUCCGCUUCGUGGACCCGAAGAUACUGCGAGGGUUGGGGCAGAAAUCGACUCAGCCAGAGGGACCAUCCAAGUUUACAGAUGUGUCCGAGACGUGGCACGUUUGGGGGACGGGGAAACUGACUUGCCCCGGACGGUUCUUCGUAUCAUAUGUCAUGAAGCAUGUCAUGUAUCACAUCUUGGAUAACUAUGACCUGGAGAUGGACACUAACCGCAAAAAUACGGUUCAUUGGCGAACAUUAACCCUGCCUAGCCCUGGUGUGAAGGCCAAGCUCACGGCUCGGGUAUAACAAAUACCACCAGACAUUUAAGUUAAGCUGGGAUCUUGAUAUGAUAAAAUUGGUGCUAUGGACUGGAAUUCUUAGGUAGACUACCAUAAAUCAGCGGUGAUUCGCGUCGCUCCCCUGUCCUGCAUGAUACGACCUUGAUCCUUCGAUGCAAUAUCUCCACCGGUGAAGGCCGCCAGCACUGACCGGCCGAACUUCCACCAUCCCUUCC